AUGGGCCCCUGUACCGCCUCCUCAUGCUGCUGCCAGGCCCCUAAUCUGCCAUGGGCCCCUGUACCGCCUCCUCAUGCUGCUGCCAGGCCCCUAAUCUGCAUGGGCCCCUAUAUACCCUCACCUCAUGCUGCUGCCAGGUCCAGAGUCUGUCAUGGGUCCCUGUACGGCCUCCCAUUGCUGCUUGUCUCCAUCGCCACACUCUGCCAUGUGCCACUUUCAGGUCUCCUCACAGACUGCUGGUGUGUUCAAUUUUUGUCAUAGGGUGCUGUACGGCCUCCCAUUGCUGCUGUCUCCAUCGCCACACUCUGCCAUGUGCCACUUUCAGGUCUCCUCACACACUGCUGGUGUGUUGAAAUUUUUUGACCAUAGGGUGCUGGCAGAUUACGGGCCUCCCAUAGCUGCUGCCAG